GAGAAACCAAUCAGCAUCGCUCCCAGCGCCUGCUCCCUUGCCUGACGGCGUUCCCCAAAAAUGAAACGCUGUUUCUCAACCGUCAGAACGCCGUUAAACGGCCAAACCUCUCUGCCGCUCCUCGAUUCAUGCAAAUCCAUUAACCAUGUCUGGCAAGUCCAUGCCCAGAUGGUGGUGUCGAGCCACAUCCUCAGCCCCGUCUCGGCAAACAAGCUGCUGAAGCUCCUCACUGAGUCCAGCUUCGGGUCCUUGAGCUAUGCCCAGCAAGUGUUCGAUCGAAUUCCGGGCCGAAACCGCGAUGUCUUCCUGUACAAUACGAUGAUCAAAGCCCAUUCCUUGACGAACGGUUCGGCUAACAAUGCUGUGUUGUUGUUCAGAUCCAUGCUGAGGAAUUGCCCUUUCGGGCCGAAUAGGUACACGUUCGUGUUCCUCUUCCGGGCGUGUGGGAACAGUCUGGGAGUUUGUGAUGGGGAGCAAGUUCGGGCCCAUGGGAUUAAAGCUGGGUUGGAGGGUAAUCUGUUUGUUACGAAUGCAUUGAUUGGGAUGUAUGCGGACUGGGGAUUGGUGGAUGAGGCCAGGCGGGUGUUUGAUUGGAGUCUGAGUCGGGACAUGUUCUCGUGGAAUAUAAUGGCUAGCGGGUACGUCCGGUCAGGGAAGUUGGAUGAAGCUAAGGAGUUCUUUGAGCAAAUGCCGGAACGAGACGUCGUUUCGUGGAGCAGUGUGAUUUCCGGUUAUGUUCAGGCAGGUUGUUUCUUGGAGGCCCUGGACCUAUUCCAUGAGAUGCUGCGGAGUGGGGCCAAACCUAAUCAAUUCACGCUGGUUAGCGCUCUUUCAGCCUGUGCCAACCUAGUGGCAUUAGACCAGGGAAGAUGGAUCCAUGUUUUCAUUGGCAAGAAUGAGAUUAAGAUGAACGAACGGCUCCUUGCUAGUCUGAUUGACAUGUAUGCAAAAUGUGCGGAGGUAGAAUUUGCGUCCAAGGUUUUCUCCAGUGCACGUGGUCUGAGGGGGAAGGUAUGGCCUUGGAAUGCCAUGAUUGGUGGGUUUGCGAUGCACGGGAAGUGUGAGGAAGCUAUUGAAACAUUCAAGCAGAUGGAGGUUGAAAGGGUUUGUCCCAACAAAGUCACGUUUGUCUCAUUGCUAAAUGCUUGCAGCCAUGGGAACAUGGUCAAUGAGGGGAGACGAUAUUUCAGAAUGAUGGAAAGUGCUUAUGGCAUCAAGCCGGAGAUUGAGCAUUAUGGGUGUAUGGUAGAUUUACUUGGUCGGGCAGGGCUUUUAGACGAAGCUGAGGACAUAAUCUCAAGCUUGCAGAUGACUCCUGAUGCGGCGAUAUGGGGUGCCUUGCUUGGAGCCUGUAGAAUCCAUAAAGAUGUUGAGCGGGCAGAGAGGAUCGGAAAAAUCAUUCAAGAAUUGGACCCAAACCACAUAGGUUGUCAAGUUUUGCUAUCUAAUGUGUACUCUGCUUCUGGGAGAUGGAAGGAAGCUAGAACUUUAAGGGAGAAGGUCGAAUCAAUCGGGAGGACAAAAACACCAGGUUGCAGCUCGAUUGAGCUGAAUGGUGCGUUCCAUCAGUUCCUCGUGGGUGAUCGUGCCCAUCCUCAGACCAGGCAGAUUUAUUUGUUCUUGGACGAAAUGGGAACAAAGUUGAAGACUGCAGGAUAUGUUCCUGAAGUCAGUGAAGUUUUGCUUGAUAUAGAUGAUGAGGAAGAUAAGAAGACAGCUCUAUCGAGACACAGUGAGAAGCUGGCCAUUGCUUUUGGAAUAAUGAAUACCCCGCCAGGAGCUACAAUUCGUAUCGUGAAGAAUUUGAGAGUUUGUGGAGAUUGCCAUCAAGCCACAAAGUUCAUAUCCAAGGUUUAUUCUCGAGAGAUAAUCGUCAGAGACAGGACCAGGUUUCAUCAUUUCAAGGAUGGAGUCUGUUCAUGUAAAGAUUAUUGGUAGGAAAGCAAAUGGAAUCGGGUGAACAUCGAUAUGAAUUGCCGGAAUUCUUCAACCUUUGUAAGUCUAAUGGCUCUGCUCCUCCAAAGUCCUUUCUGAUUUAAUUGCAUGAAUAUCAUGUCAUAACUGACAGUUUUUGCAAGCAAUUGGGAUCAUGUCAGUGGUUUGUAAACUCUCUCUAGCAUGUCCCAUUCGGAGGAUGCCUACCAUUUCCAGAGCAGUGACUAGGUGACGUGAGGUCAACCAUUUGCUACACAUGAGAAGUCAUUCGUGUUCCAAGAGCAUGAGUGUUGUCUUCAUAUCAAUCUUCACUCCGCUGAUCUGCUCAAUAAAAUUUUGUAACCAUUCACACGACUCUGCAGAGUUAAGAAGUCUGCAUUGCUGUAGCUGAUGAUGAUGAUUCAUUGCUGCGUAUAUAGGAUAUGCGCGAGUGCUUCAUUCACUGGAUUGUGAAUUUCAGGGUGGCCGCCUUUCUCUGCCACACUGUGUUGACGGGGAUGGUCUCACUCAGGUCAUCCAGGAUGUUAUGAUCAGAGACACAUGAGAGAGCAGAUUCACAUGUAAGGGACUGGACACAGACCAAGAUCAGCCUGCAUUCUCACCCUCAUGAGCCGCCGAAGCCUGCCAUGGGUAGUAGCAAGGAGUUGCGCCGUUGGUGGAGAUAACCUAACCAGGCCCAGUGAUGAGGCAUGCAUAGCUUAUAGUCGUGACAAGACGUGAUCUUGUAGCAGAAAUAGUGAGGAAGAUAUCACAAAGAUUACAAAAGGAUAUUCCCCUUGAUGAAUUCCGUAAUUAGUAUUUACUAAAGUACUAGAUAUUGAUAUCGCCAGAGAAGUGGUAUGCAGGGAUGAUCAUGUUGCUUUCGACUUCUAUGCGCGUUAAUCUCGACCAUGAAAUUGUUAAGAGCAUGUUUCAGUUUGUGAAUGGAGGAAAUGGAUUACUUACUCC